UUUAUUUCCCUGAAGGCAGCUGCUGGUUAGCUUGUGAGCUGGAACUUGCGGGCUUAAAUCAGACCAGUCUGGCAGCUUGGACGACUCCGCGCUUGGACUUUGUGCGGUUCGGAUCGGAACCAAACGGAGCGGAACUCCCGCGGUACUUCACACUUUGUUGACCCCGCAGCGGGACUUCAGGCGCCCGGGCUGACAAGUUUGUCAACAACAGGAGCUUCUGAGAAAGCAGCAUCAUGUGGCGGCGCUCCACAAGGCAGGCCCUCCGGCUCCCUGGGAUUUAACUCCACCUCUCCUCUGAUUUAAACUGGAGUCAGCUUGGAUGAUAUUUCCCGACGACGACAUGCUGAUCUGAGCGAGGCUUCACCCUCUGACUCGGCCAGGAUAAUUAAAUUCUUGCAGAUGAUGGAGUAGCUGUCGUUUCCUGAGAGCUCCUGUUGUUGCGAUGGCCGCUGCCACCUCUCCAGAGAAGCAUCAGCCGCUGCUGCAGCUGCAGGAGGUGGACUCCAGCCGAGUCGGCGGUCGCAUUUUGUCUCCUGGUCUGACCCACGAAGCCUGCCAGCCCAUCUGCAUCCCAGCGCCGUACACCGACCUGGGCCACGACUUCACCUCCAUCCCGUUCUACAGUCCAACAAUUUUCAGCUACGCUAGUCAGAGCAUUUCAGAGUGUCCGUCUGUCCAUCAGUCACUGAGCGCCUCUUUAUUCUGGCCCCGGAGCGGCCAUGUUGGAGCGGCCCUGCCACUGCACCGCUCCUCAGGCCGAGCCCAGCACGGCCAGGCCGUCCAGCACCCCUGGGAGAGCGUCCUGACCAGCAGGAGCACAAAGAAGCUGUCGCAGGAGAACGAGGACGCUGUGGUGUCUUCGGGCGGGAAGGGCGACCUUCACUACUGCGCCGUGUGUCACGACUACGCUUCGGGGUAUCACUACGGCGUGUGGUCAUGCGAGGGCUGCAAGGCCUUCUUCAAGAGGAGCAUCCAAGGUCAUAACGACUACAUCUGUCCGGCAACCAAUCAGUGCACUAUAGACAAGAACCGACGCAAGAGCUGCCAAGCGUGCCGCCUUCGCAAAUGCUACGAAGUCGGCAUGACCAAAUGUGGGAUCCGAAAGGAGCGUGGGAACUGCAGGAGCACACUGGUGAGGCGAGUGACCCGUUUGUCCGCCCAGGGGCGGAUAAGCAGACCCAAAGUGUUAACCAGGCCGGUGGAGAGUCCAUCAAACGAGCCUCUGCAGCCCGGAAUGACGCCGGAGCAGCUGAUCGAGCGGAUCAUCGAGGCAGAGCCGCCGGACAUCUACCUCAUGAAGGACAUGAAGAGGCCGCUGACGGAGGCAGACGUCAUGAUGUCACUCACCAACCUGGCCGAUAAGGAGCUGGUUCACAUGAUCGGCUGGGCCAAGAAGAUUCCAGGCUUCGUGGAGCUCUGUCUGCUGGACCAGGUCCAUCUGCUGGAGUGCUGCUGGCUGGAGGUUCUGAUGAUGGGGCUGAUGUGGAGAUCCGUGGACCAUCCGGGGAAACUCAUCUUCUCCCCCGACCUCUGCCUGAGCCGGGAGGAGGGCAGCUGCGUCCAGGGCUUCGCCGAGAUCUUUGACAUGCUGAUCGCCGCCACGUCCAGAGUGAGAGAGCUCAAGCUGACGAGGGAGGAGUACGUCUGCCUCAAGGCCAUGAUCCUCCUCAACUCCAACAUGUGCCUGAGCUCAAACGAAGGCAGCGAGGAGCUGCAGAGUCGCUCCAAGCUGCUGCGCCUCCUGGACUCGGUCACCGACGCUCUGGUGUGGGCCAUCGCCAAGAGCGGCCUGACCUUCCGCCAGCAGUACACGCGCCUCGCCCACCUCCUGAUGCUGCUCUCACACAUCCGCCAUGUCAGUAACAAAGGCAUGGACCACCUGCACUGCAUGAAGAUGAAGAACAUCGUGCCUUUGUACGACCUGCUGCUGGAGAUGCUGGACGCUCACAUCAUGCACAGCUCCCGCCUCCCUCGCCGGCCCGCUCAGCAGGAGUCCACGGAUCAGCCGGCGGCGGCGGCAGCGUCUGGCGGCCCCUCCAACACCUGGACUCCCAGCAGCGCUGGAGGUGGGGUCGAAGCCCAGUGUUCAGAUUAAAGCUCCGAUCCGACGACAUCUCACUGGACCGACGCUGUUCAGGAGCAAAGACCGAGAGCUGGAGUCUCUGACCACUGGUGAAUCUUCAACACACUGUGCACUGCUGCUGGUGAGUUCUCAGAGGACAGACCGGACCUGGAAACGAGCCGUCAUUCUGACACGCAGCGUCAGGACUUUCCACUUCAUAUAGGGCAUCAUACCAAUCAUCGUGGAUCACUCAGCCUUCACUGUGACACACAGUGUUGCGUUAUUUAACUCCUGUAGAGUUGCUUUGUCACAGCUUUUAACAGCAAAGAAAACUCGAUUAGAUUCAAAUAGCUUUUUGUUCUAUGAUUUUAUUUACUGAGGGAGAAAAGCUUUGCAGACCAACCUGGAUGUAUGUGAAAAAGUAAAUUCCUCCAUCUAAAAUCAUGACCAAAAGUUUUUAUAUAACAAUUACCCAAAAAUUAGUCAAAAACAAUCCAUGAGUUCACACAAAAAAAAAUAAAAAUAGAUCUAUAAUAGUGCAGGCCUCACUUAUCUUAAAGAUCAGAGUUCAUGAUUCAAAAAAUAGAAAAAAAUGGGCAAAAAUAAAUUUAAAGGCCCUCCUUAUAAAAUCAUUAUGUUUAAUAUCCAAAUAUGCUUAAAAUAAAAAGCAUAAUUUUGGAGUGUUUAAAUCCGAUUUGCGGUAAUUAAUCAAAGCUGGAGAAUCAAGACUCCAAAACAUGGCAAUUUGCUGAAAGGCCAACAUAUAAACUGUGCUAAAAUAUACAUUUUGCAUAAAAGAUUAAAUAAAUAAAAAAAAGUUGUAAGCAUGUUCAAGUCAAAACUUAAAUUAAAAAUAAGCAGAAUGGCAUGUUUUUUUUUUUUCUUUUAUCUGAUUAAUCAUCAAAAUAAUUACGUGCGGCCCCAAUUAAGGGAGUAAAAACACAUUGAAGAUUGUUGACUCUUUGCACGAAAUCAUUCAGGCGCCAUGAUGGACGUCGGAACUGAGGCUCGGGAGUGUUGAACAGAGCGACUGAAAUUGUUUUCCAAAGUUAUUUUUGCCACUUCAUUGAUGGCUUAUUCUGGUUCGAGUCGAGCUAAUUUGUCUGUGAACGAAACACACCUGAAUGGGCCUCAUAGACGGUGAUAUUUGCAGAAGCUGGAAGCGGCUAGCUUAGGAACCGACCCGAACCUGCUCCAUGUUGAUCAAAUUACCGACUCUGCCUGAAUUCACACAUUUACGUCAUAAACGGCGUUUCCCCUUAAAACGGAGCAACAUUAAAAACGUAAAACGACGAGAUGCUAACCUUACAUGUUAGGCUACAUGACGGUGCGGCACUGUCUCCAUGGUUACCAACGGUCAGAUACGUACCUUCUCUAUAAUGCGAUAUUUGAUAUCCGUCAUCAAAAAUACUUAUAAAGUAAUUUAACUUUAAUCUUCGUACCUUGUAACAAGUGAUCGCUGAUUUCACCGAGGGCUGAUUGACGGCCGCUGCAUCAAAGUUUUAAAAUAUGACAAGUUUGGUUUCUAUCCGUCUGCUGGUGCAGCCGACCGCGCAGCACCUUACGACCAUUCUCAAAGUGAAAUCAACUAAAUAGAAGCGAUAUUAGGUUACAGGUGUCUGAUUUUAGACGGGCUCUAAAGGAGCGCAUUGAUCCAUCAUGGCGGAGUUCUGGAGUCCGUGACGUCACGCUGAGUCAACAGCGUCGCAUACAAUCAGGUUGGAUGUUUUGGUUACUCCUCUAAAUAAAUUAAAUCAUUUAGUUUUUCUACUAAAUUUCAUUUAAUCUGGAACAUGAACGUUUGACAGAAAAUAAAUCUGCAUGGAGGCAAUUACUUUUCCACCGCACUGUUCAUCAAGGCUUGUAUUGUUAGAUGUAAUUAAAUUUUCUGCAUAAAUGACGUAAAACCACUAGAUUUCUACAUCAUAAACAAAACCACUAGAUUUCUACAUCGCUCCUCACAGCUUCUUCUUUUUCUUACUGCAGUGUAAUUUGCAAACAGAAAUGCCUUAAAAACCUGUUAGAAUGUAAAAAAAAAACAAAACAAAAAAAAAAAAACUGAAGUUUUGUUUUUGAUGUUAAUCUUUUAAAAAUUAGAGUAUUACGAAUCAAAGAGGCAUAAAACAGGAUCUGGCAGACCGAAAUGUGCACUUGUGAUAAAAACAAAAAAUGCUAUUAGAGCUCCAACCAAUAAACUACCACUUUGGUGAAAUCUUUUAAAUGCAGGUUUAAAAAGUUAUUUUUGUCACUUUUUGAGGUAAUUUUACAAUUGAAAACCGUCUUUGGUCCAACCCAAGUCUCCUCAGGGCACUUCAGCUACAAAAGAAAAAUAAAUGUUAAAAGGUUUUUCCCUUUAGCCUGUUUUCCUGAACUGGGAUUUUUUUAGAAGCAUCAUUUUAAGUCGAGUUUAUGCAAAUAAACACAAUUUUUAAGUGUUUGAAGACGAGCAGACAUAAGAUUUCGAAGUAAAAGACGGUGAUGACAUCACUGUGUAACUCCUGGCCUGCAAAAAGCGACUGCAGAAUAAUCUACAUCCGGUCACUUUAGGUGAUUUUUACAUGGCGGAGUCCAUGUUUAUAAAUUCACCGUAUUCGAUGAAAUGGAGAAUUUUUAUUUUUUUAUUUCAAGCAGAGGUCUGUUGAAGCUGUAACUGUAAAUCUAUCCUGCUUUAGAUCUUAAUAUUAACAUAUUAUUAAAUAUGCAUGUACUUAAUCAAAGUUAAAACCUAAAACAGGAAGUUUAUUGUCUUUAAUAAACAUCUACAAAGUUUCAUCUUGUUUCACUUUCUCCAUUUUUAUGACUAAUUAAACUCUUCAAUGUAAAUAGGAAAAGUUUUCCUUUAUAAACUCAACACUUUGCUUUGAAUAUCAAAGUUUAGCAUCAGAGCAGACGACACUUUUUGUAAACAAUAAAAACUGUUUGGAUUUGUUGGGUAAGAAAGUAAUGGGUCUGAUUUUGUGAUUUAAUGGUUGAUAAACUCACUUAAAAUGUUUAUUUUUGUAAUCCGUUCUAACAGAAAAUACUCGCUGAAGUGUCCAAACCUUAAAUAAAAAUAUCUGCUGCUAACUGAAGGUUAGGAUAUCGGUUCCAACAGAUCCCCAGUUUUCUCUGAAUUUUUUUUUUUUUUAAUGUCCAUUUGUGCCUCGUUAAAAACGUUUUAUGGAAACAAAGCACUUAACAUGUAUGGAUUGAAGGAAUACAACAAAAAGGAAUAAAUAAAAUGCAUAAUUAUAGAAAAAAUCUAUUUUAAAAUAACUUAUGUAACUGAAAUUGAAGCUUAAUUGCAAAUUUUUUGAGCUUUAUUUGGGUUUAUUCGUCUCCACUUUGCUUUUUUUUUUUUUGUGAAUUUAAGCCGUUUGAUCAAAAUUUAUUCCUUUUUGUUUUGUUCCAAAGUUGGGCGAGAUGAAGGUGAUUUCUGUGAUAUUUUGCAGCUUUGACAAUCACUAAGAUUUACGGUUGUUUACCACAAACAGGUCUCUGGACUUCUGCCUUUUUCUCAGCUUAAACUGUAUUAUGGCUGUGUACAAAAACAAAACUGUCGAUCUUUGUUCAUUUCUGGUGAAAACUUUUAGUAAUAAAUGUUCAAACCUGUAAUAUCUGUCGCCUUGUUAUUAAAUGAGGCAAAUGGAGAAUGAAGGAAAACAAUUAGGAUUUACUAACAGAAAAUCAGACAUAAAUAAAAAGCCUUACAUUCUGUACACAAACAUCCUGCUACUAAAAAUGAAUCAGAUUUAUAAAAACACAAAUAAAACAAAGUUUUUUUUCUAGGAUUCAAACAUGAAACACGAUGAAAUGUUGAAUGUAUAGAAACAUUAUGGAGCUCCGAGUCAUUUUAAAGGAAAAUCCGAUUUAAAUCCGACCUGAAUCAGU